AAGACACCUCAGACUGUUGCAACAUGUUGCACAUUUGGAUUGGUUUGUUAAAGUAGAGGAGUGGUCCUUGUUAUUCAUUUAAGAAACAUUAUGCAAAUGCAUGCAAAACAUAUUUUAUAUUGUGCAUUUUUUACAAAAACACAUGUGCACGCACCCCUGCUAUUUUUCCAUACUGUAGGGGCAGUGUUUCGAAAACGCACAGCUACUCAUGUAGUUUCACAAUACAGAAGAACUUCUUUGUUUACAUAUGGAGUUUAACCUCGAUGCCAAUGUUCCUCCAAUAGAGGAGGCUGCAAUUUCAGGACCGUAGUCCUGGGACCGCAUUUCUGGAGUGAAAUCGGCAAAAGAAAAUGCGAAUAUAUGAAGCAUGGUCCUUAUAGAGGAAGCUGCAACUUCAGGACCACAGUUCUGGGACCAUCUCUAACGAUGAAUGUCUCAAUCCAAGAAGGGAGGUCCCUGCCCGAAUUGGAAAAAUGCACCACAUGCUGCAAGCACUUCCACUGUCCCUUCUGUAGCUCAAAUGUGUUCAAACCAACAAAGCUCAGCAAGGUCAGAACUCAUUUAGAGAGCCAUUUCAACCGUGCUGUUCUCCAUGAAGGGUACACCAUUCACAGAUGUGGGUUGGAAUGUCGACAACGUUUGCAUUACCACUGCGUCCACUGCCAGUCGAUGCUGUCACGUAAACUGGACUUCAGUAAACAUCUGUCUGUGUGCAAGAAGAGGCCCUUUAAAAUAGCUACAACCAUCCCAGCUCCAACUGCUUCCACCAUCCUAGCCAACCCAGAUCAAACCACCCCAGCUCAAACACCAGCACCUCUCCCUGCGCCCACCACCUCAAAUGCACAGUUGCAAAUGGUUGCUGUGGAGGCAUCAGGGUUGCAGCUUGUGAUGAUCCCCCAGUCGUUAUCAUCUUCCUGGUCCAACGCAUCAGAGCUCAGCUCCAUCUGCACCACAGCCCUCCAAAACCCCUCGUCCUUUCCCACUCCUGUGGAACACUCUUCAGCGGUCAUUCCUUACCCUAUUCCAGGACCGAAGAAGAGGAGAAAACACAAUGAAGAUGACCUAGUGAAGAGGGACUGGGGAACGGCGGCAAAAAGAGCUCCUCAGAGACGCCAAAACACUGUAAGCGAGAGGUUUGGGCUUGUGGUCGCCGACAUGCUGGAGAAGGUUCCACUUGAGAAGCAAAACGAUGUGAAAUUGAAGAUCUUCAAACUGCUUAGUGAGUCGUCAAUGUGAACAUUGAGAGGAUUAAGGCAGCACCACUUUUUUCUUCACAUUUGUUAAAAAUGAUGUGCCCUGACGACAUUAUGCUGGUGAUGUUAUGUUGGUCAAUAAUUGUUCCUUAUCUGAACAGAUUUUGAUGUAAAUAAAAAAGUGACAUUGUAGUAAAGCAUUUGAAUUUCUGAAAAAUAUUUGCUUCAUCUUGACUGCAAAGUAUUAAUUGGCAUCUUGCUUGUCAAUAUUGGAAGACUGUUGACAAGCAACACACAAUUGAUAAGGAGAAGAGGUGGUGGUCAUGUCUUGAGAGAUUUUAUACAACAGGGCAGUAGUGGACGGGUCCUGGCUGGAAUGAAAAGAGGGUUUUAAGUAUUGCAGUACUAAGUGGUAGGCCUCAAAAACAAAGAUGGAAUGGAAAAAUGACAUUACUGUCAGUUGAGAGAAAAGGAGACCCUUUUAGUAAAAUUUUACACAAAGCUCAUUCAAUUAAAUGGCCCCUAUUAUAAUCCCUAGUGUGAGCCUGAUUAGCCAUUACAAGCCUUUAGAAAAUCUGCCCUUCUCUGUGCCUUAGUGGCAUCAUCAAAACUCACCUGUUCAAACUCGCACACAACGUCUAACGUGAUAG